AUGAGCGCCAAAUUGCGCUCGGGCUUCUACCUGGGCAAGAAAUCCGCGCUGCUGCUGGCGCUGCUCCCGGCCGCCUUGCUGCUGGCGCUCGUGGUGCUGGCGAUCCUCUACGGGCGUUGCGCGCGGGGACCGAAAGAAUCCGAGGGGCUGACUCCAAGUGUUGCGACGACGCCCUGGGCCAACGUCAGCGCGGAGCCCACUGCGCGGCCCCCGGGACCUUGGGACCAGCAACGCUUGCCCCGGCAGGUCGCGCCCAUCCACUACUCGCUCCUGCUCUGGCCUCACCUGGCGCCCGGCCUGCCCGAGCCCCGCACGCACUCGGGACAGGUGAACAUCACGGUGCGCUGCCGGGAAGCCACGUCCGUGGUGCUCCUGCACAGCGCCGAGAUGACUUACCAGGGCGCUUCAGUAUGGGGCCCGCUGGAGGAGGCGGACAACUCCACCCGCAGCAUCCCGCUGGGGGAGGUGUGGACGGCCCCUGGGAACCAGUACCUGAUGCUCGAACUGCUGGAGAACCUGACAGCGGGCAGCCUCUACGAGCUGCGGUUCGCCUUCCAAGGGAAGAUUCAGCCGGGGCCGGACUACUUCGGGCUCUUCCUGAAUACCUACAAGGACGAAGGCGAGAACAGGUGGAUUAUUGUUUCACAGCUACAACCAACAGCCGCAAGACAUGUUUACCCGUGUUUUGAUGAACCUGCAAUGAAAGCUACUUUUAAUAUCAGCAUUAUUCACCAUCCCAGCUACAUUGCACUUUCCAAUAUGCCAGUUUUAGAUGUAUUUGAGUAUAAAGAUGUGAAUGACAGUGCACUGAGUGCUUUGAUGAAUGAAACGACACCAAUUAACUGGACUAUCACAACAUUUGAAACAACCCUGAAAAUGUCUACGUAUAUCACUGCUUUUGUGGUCUGUAAUUUUGAUUAUGUCACCACAACUGAAAGAGGCAAACAGAUACGUAUUUGGGCUCGGAAGGAUUCAAUUAAAAAAGGAUUGGCUAAUUAUGCUUUAAAUAUCACAGGGCCAAUAUUUUCAUAUAUGGAAGACUUACUAAACAUCAGUUAUCCUCUUUCAAAAACAGAUUUGGUUGCGGUACCUCUUAUGGAUCAUGGUGCAAUGGAAAACUGGGGACUAAUGACUUUCCAUGAAACAUCCUUAUUGAAUGAGCCAGAGGAUUAUAUAUCUAAAAUGCAGAUUUGCCAAGUUGUUGCUCAUGAGGUAGCACACCAGUGGUUUGGAAACCUAGUUACCAUGGAUUGGUGGAACGACCUAUGGCUUAAUGAGGGAUUUGCAACUUACUUUGGACAUCUAGGUCUAAACUACAUUGAACAUAUUAUGCCACUGGAUAAACUCAUUGGCGAGCAUCUUACACUACCUACGUUGGCUAAAGAUAAUCCAAGAUUAAAUCAGUCUCUAUCAAAUACAGAAACCCGUCAAACAGAUUCAAUAUUAGAACAGUUCAAUACAAUCACUUACCAUAAGGGGGCUGUUGUCAUCCGGAUGCUUUCCAACUUUAUAACUGAAAGAUUAUUUUUCAAAGCAUUGAAUUCAUAUCUGAAUGCAUUUUCCUUUUCCAAUGCUGUCCAAGAUGAUCUGUGGACUCACAUUCAAAAGGUAAUAGAUGAACAAAAUGACUUCCAGUUGCCAACAUCAGUAAAAACAAUAAUGGAUUCUUGGACCUGCCAGAAGGGCUACCCACUCCUGACAGUAGAUUUCUCAACUGGCAAUAUUAGCCAGAUACCAGUUUUUGCUGAAAAAGGAGAACACAACUCAGACACAUGGAUUAUUCCUAUUUCUUGGAUGCGAAAUGGAACCAUACAACCUUUAGUAUGGCUUGAUAAACGUAAUAAAAUAUUUCCUGAAAUGAAAAUAUCAGAUUCAGUACAAGAUUGGAUUGUUUUAAAUGUGAAUAUAAGUGCUUACUAUAGAAUCAACUAUGAUCAAAACUAUUGUAGAAAAUUGGCCAAAGUGCUUGAAGAUGAUCCAAAGGUUAUUCCUUCUGUCAGCAGAUUACAAUUAAUAGCAGAUGCCACUCAUUUGACUUGGUAAGUUAUACACUAUAGUUGUUUUUUCUGCAUUUAUAGAAAACCAAAGAAUUAUAAGAACUUAUAAUUGAGUUCUGGAUUCGUUCUGCAUCUGAUCUCCUUUUUUAAAAAACAAAAUUGAUAAUUUUUUUCCUACAGUUUCUUUUUGCAUCAUCUCUGAAUUUCACGUGCAGGUAGCACAAUGUACCACAUUCCAUGGAUCCUUUGAUCAACUGGAUUAAUCAACAAGAGUUUAAGAAAGAAAUAGGCAUGGAUUUUGAACUAAUGGAUCUCUAAUACAUAUUGCAGUGUCCAUUUUUGUACACUUUUGAAAUACCUUUCCUAGCCUUGGUGACUAGAGAACUCAGCACUAUGAAAGGAUCUCUUGAUCCAUGCCCUUUCCCUUAACUUAGUCCCUGAACCAGUGUGGACCCACAAUCAGAAGGGAUGUGUGGUAAUGUGAACCGACUUCUGUAGCCAUAUGAGAUUUCUUCCUUACUGUUCUGACCUAGGCUUUCCGAAAAAGCACAA